UUUGUGUGUGUGUGUGUGUGUGUGUGUGUGUGUGUAAAAGAGGGAGCCACCGCUGUUUCUAGACAGUGGCAGAUGAAAGUAGUUGUGCAACACGUGAAUUCCCGGCGGAAAGGCGAGUCGCGAGUGUCACAAGCUCCUUGCCGACCUUUACCUCCGUCAUACACGUCCAUUCAGCCUAAAGAGCGGACAGGGUGCGGAGAAACAACACCUGGAGAGCAGAGUGUUUUAAAAGUGUCAUUAUGCCAUGGCGUCUCUUGGCGCCUCCUUCGUUCAAAUCAAAUUUGAUGACAUCCACUUCUACGAGAACUGUGGCGGCGGGAGCUUUGGCAGUGUGUACCGUGCCUGCUGGAUCUCGCAGGACAAAGAAGUGGCGGUGAAAAAGCUGCUGAAGAUUGAGAAAGAGGCAGAGAUCUUGAGUGUACUCAGCCAUCGAAAUAUCAUCCAGUUCUAUGGUGCAAUUCUUGAGGCCCCAAACUAUGGAAUCGUCACAGAGUAUGCCAGUGGAGGGUCGUUAUAUGAGUAUCUAUCAAGUGAUGCAAGUAAAGAAAUCAGCAUGAGACAGAUCAUGACCUGGGCAACAGAGAUGGCUAAAGGAAUGCAUUAUUUACAUGCAGAGGCCCCGGUCAAAGUUAUCCACAGGGAUCUCAAGUCCCGAAAUGUGGUCAUGACAGCAGACAAAGUUCUCAAGAUCUGUGAUUUUGGAGCAUCUAAAUUUCACUCCCAUACCACACACAUGUCUCUGGUGGGUACGUUCCCCUGGAUGGCACCGGAGGUCAUUCAGAGCCUUCCUGUUUCUGAAACAUGUGAUACAUACUCUUAUGGAGUGGUUCUGUGGGAGAUGCUCACUCGUGAGAUUCCUUUCAAAGGGUUAGAAGGGCUGCAAGUGGCUUGGCUGGUUGUGGAGAAGAAUGAGAGAUUGACUAUUCCCAGCAGCUGUCCUGCCAGUUUUGCAAACCUGAUGAGGAAAUGCUGGGAAACAGAACCAAUGAAAAGACCCUUAUUUAAAGAGAUCCUGUCAAUCCUAGAGGCCAUGUGCAAUGACAGCCAGCUCUCUGACCAGUGCAACUCCUUUCUGCAAAACAAAGCAGAGUGGAGGCGUGAGAUCGAGGCGACUCUGGAUCGCUUGAAGAAGCUGGAGAGGGACCUGAGCACUAAAGAGCAGGAGCUGAAGGAGAGAGAGCGCCGCCUCAAGAUGUGGGAGAAGAAACUCAUAGAGCAAUCCAACACUCCACUGCUCCCGAACCUGGCCAUCCACGUCUGGACAGAGGAGCAUGUGUACUUCUGGAUGUCACAGAUUUUUGGGACAGGUGGGGUAGAUUGUGAGAUGCAGCGCUAUGCUGAUGUCUUCAAGAAGAACCAUAUCACUGGCCGCAGGCUGCUGCUCCUCUCUGAGACAGACAUGAGAGAUAUGGGCAUCUCCUCUAAAGGGCAUAUCAUACACCUGAAGGCUGAAAUUGAAAAAUUAAGAAAUGAUUAUCUGGCGCUGUUCCAUUUCCCUCCGUUAACAAAGGAGGAAUGGGACAGAGAAGAGGAGGAGAAAAGCUGGAGGAAGACUGUUAAUCUGGAGCUGGUAUUUGGUUAUCACUGGAAACCAGGAACAGGUCCAAAGGACUGCAAAUGGAAAAUGUACUUGGAACUUGACGGAGAUGAAGUCGCUUUAACCUAUAUCAGAGAUGUCACGUUUAAUGCAAACAGACCAGCUGUGGAAGUCUCAAAGAUGACCAAGCCACCAUUUGUAAUGGAGAAAUGGAUUGUUGGGAUAUCUGACAAACAGACUGUCGACUGCAUUGUAAAUUAUGAGAGUGAUGUCAGGUCUCCAAGGAGCACAAGACAUGUGCACUCAGUGCGGUGGAGCCUGGUCAGUGCGGUAGAUGAAAUCAGAGGUGUAGAGCUGCUCAUAGAAACAGCACCAACAAAUGGGGACGGGGACUACAGGAGCGCUUCCAACUCUGGUGUUGAUCCUCAGUGGAUUUCCAGUCUGAGAUCAAAGCAGCUCAGAGAGGACCAAGCUCAGGAGCGCCACAGUGCCACUCAGAGCAACCACUCAGACAGCAUGACCCUCCCACAGUUCCUGUCUGCUUUCGGUAAUCAGUCGUCAUAUGCUUCUGCUGUGCGAAGAUCACCCAGUCGCAGUCCACUUUCACAAUUGGCCGACUCCCGAAGCUCCUCUCCAACACUGUCAACCAAACUGUCCUCAAUCCACCUGGGGUCAAAGGGUAGCAGCCCCUCCAGUACGACUUCUGAGAGCACAUCAGAGAGAGACCGUUCUCAUAGCAGUAGACACAUGUACAACUACCAAAAAAAAAGCUCCUAUAGCUCUAUAAAUGUGACUGGUCGAGGAGACCACAGAAUGUUUAGAGGGGGCAGUCAUACAUAUCAUGGCAGCUCUAGAGGAGCACGACACCGUACCAACUACGUAGUACCACAAAACCAAUCGCAGAUAAUCCCAGGAUUGUCACCAGCAACAGUAGGAGAAAAACAGAAAGAUGAGCAAGAGGAUGCCAAAGCUGCAGAGGGAGGAUGGAUUAAAGUAGAACGCAAGAAGCCUCCCAAACAGGACCUUAAGCAGCAGGACCAAAGACAGCUUAGAGGCCGUCCACGAAAAGGAGGAAGAGGGGGGCGUGGGCGGAGCUAAGGGUUUUUAUGCUGCAUAUAUGUGGGCAUGUGGAUCGAAGAAUUAAAUUAUUACACCAAAGGAAAAAAAAAACAUUUUCACAAGAUGUACAAAUAACAGAAUCAGCAGAUGGAGUCGUGGUUUUGGUAUAAUAAGAACUAGAUAGCAAAGGAUUAUGAACAGAAGUUUUGUGCACAAUAGCUUGAACUAACCAAAAACCUCAAUUUAAUACUCUUUGACCCAGUCAAAUCUGUGAAUGUUAACAACACAACCUUUUAACCGUUGGUUUUUACACUGGGGUGUGUGAGCCAGUAAAGAGGUUCAAUAUUUCUUGUUUGUCUUUUUUUAUUAUAUAACAAAAUCAUCCAAAGAUGACACCUAUGGAAUAUGGACAUGGGGCUGUGUCUGAAAUGUAUUUAAAGAUUAAAAAGCAAUACUGUACUGUCUAUCUGCAUGUUACAAUCACGUGAAUUGCAGUUCUUUUUAAAAUGGGGGUGUGAAUAUAAUUACUGCCUUAGACCUUAGAACAGACCAAGGACCUAAUUAUUUUUUAAUUAUUAUUAUUAUUAUUAUUAUUAUUAUUACAAUAUUUGACUCUGGCCUUGAAUCCUCAUGAGCCAUAUGUUUCCAGCUUGUGACGAGGGUCUUUUCCACAAGACACUCCAGAAAUACGAAUGUUUUAGUGCUCUAAACUACUAAUAUUGUUUGGGAUUUGAAUUAUAUGACUGUUGUUGAGCACAAACACACAAACACCCACCCACACACACACACACACAAACACCACUACCACUACUAAAUGAAUUAAGAUUUAUUUUUUGGCUCAGGUUUCAGACAGGUUGUGUUUUGUUAUAGCAUUUUUAUAUAUUUUUUAUAUAUAACUUUGCCAACUAUAUCCUAUUGUAUCAUCAAAAUAAAAAUGGUUUAAAAUGA